CAUGCUGGACGUGGCUGACUGGCUGGUGGUGCUGGACACGGUCAGCAUCGCUCACGGCUCUCAGGGCAAACGCUACCGAGCACUGCAGGUCCUCUACCACCCCCGCUUCAGCACCUACAACAACGACUACGACGUAGGCCUGAUGCAAACCAUCACCGACAUGGACAUGAGCGGGGGGGUGCGACCGGUGUGUUUGCCUCGUCCGAGUGAGUCUUUUCCUCCUGGAGCGGCCUGUUGGAUCACAGGCUGGGGAUACGUUCAGGAAGGAGGUUUUGUUGUAGACGAGCUGAGGCAGGCGCAGGUCAAGGUGAUAGCUCAGUCUGUCUGCUCCCAGCCCAGAGUCUACGGCGUCUUCCUGACCCCCCGGAUGAUUUGUGCUGGCACAAUGGACGGAGGGGUGGACUCCUGCCAGGGGGACAGCGGGGGACCCCUGGUGUGUGAGACAGCCAGUGGGGAGUGGAGGCUGGCGGGGGUGGUGAGCUGGGGAGAGGGC